AUGGGAAGGGCGGUGGAAGUAAUUCUUGAAUCUGUGCAGUUCCUUCAACUGCAGCCCAAUUAUGCAGGCCACAUGCUUACCUACAUUGGUGACUCAAAAUCUGAACCUCCUAGCUCCAAACCUGCAGUUUGUAUCUACUAUGCUAAUUUAAGCUAUAUAAGGCCAUCCUUAUUCUUUUUUUAUCCAUAUUGCAUAAAAAUCCAAGAGUUGUACUGUAUAGUUGUUUACUAUUGUUCUUUAACCCUGCCAAUGUCCAUUAUUUCACCUGUUGGCAGUUCUUGGGUGAAUUUAGGAAUUGUAUUGGCAAUGAGAACCUUUGCACUCCAAGCUGAUGCGAGAGCUUUCUUUGUGUUUGGUGAUUCACUAGUUGAUAGUGGCAACAACUACCUUGCAACGACUGCUCAUGCUGAUUCACCCCCUUAUGGGAUUGAUUAUCCUACACAUCGACCUACUGGCCGUUUCUCUAAUGGCCUAAACAUCCCCGACAUUCUCAGUGAGCAUAUUGGCUCAGAACCUGCAUUGCCAAAUCUGAGUCCCGAGCUGAGAGGACAGAAGCUACUUGUAGGUGCUAGCUUUGCUUCUGCUGGAAUUGGAAUUCUCAAUGACACUGGAAUACAAUUUCUAAAUAUCAUAAGAAUGUAUCAGCAAUUGGAGUACUUCCAGCAGUAUCAGCAAAGAGUACAAGCCCUUAUCAGAGCUGCACGAACCCUGAAACUUGUCAACAAAGCACUUGUCCUCAUCACUGUCGGAGGCAAUGAUUUUGUUAACAACUACUACUUGGUUCCCUCUUCUGCAAGGUCUUGCCAAUAUGAUUUGCCAGAUUAUGUUAAAUUUCUGAUUUCAGAGUACCGAAAACUGUUAAUGAGGCUGUAUGAACUAGGAGCACGCCGAGUUCUUGUGACAGGUACUGGAGCACUGGGUUGUGUUCCUGCAGAAUUGGCUAUGCGGAACACUAAUGGUGGAUGCUCAGCUGAACUACAAAGAGCUGCAUCCUUAUAUAAUCCACAGCUUGUUCAAAUGCUAAAUGAACUCAACAGAAAAAUUGGCAGACAAGUAUUUAUCCGCAUAAACACUCGACAAAUGAACUUGGAUUUCAUCACUCAUCCUGAAGCAUAUGGAUUCAGCACAUCAAAGAUAGCAUGCUGCGGCCAAGGACCAUAUAACGUCAUUGGACUGUGCACAAUAUUCUCAAACUUGUGCAGUGAUCGAGAGCCCUAUGCAUUUUGGGAUCCAUUUCAUCCAUCAGAAAAGGCAAACAGAAUUAUUGUAGAUCAGAUUAUGACUGGCUCCACUGAUUACAUGACACCCAUGAAUCUUAGCACUAUCAUGACCUUGGAUUCCAGGACCUGA